CGGUCGCGCCGCCGCUCCCCCGCCCGCCUCCCAGGGCCGCCCGCGCCGGGGUUCGCGUCUCCGUGGAGACCAGUCAAGCGGUGGGCCGCGAUGGAGCCGGACAGAGCCCAGCUGCCGAGCCGCGGAGAGGCCGCCGCCGCCCCGACCAGCGCGGAGGAGCCCCGCGGAAGCCUGGCGGAGACGGUCCCGUGUCCUGCGGAGAGGCCGCCGGACCCCGAGGCAGAGCUGCAGGCCGCAGACACGCACCCGGUGGAGCUGCCGCCCUGUCACGGCGUGGCCGGGCCGUACCUGGGGGAGCUGCCGGCCGCCGAUCUGCAACCGCUCCCGCCCUGCGUCCCGGAGGCGCCGAGGGAGCCGCCUGCUCGCGGCCAGUGCUUGAUGCACAACUGGCAGGAAGAGAGAGCCACCAACGAUCUGGACCACGUGCCGAGACCCGAGUAUGGCACUGAGGGGUUUUUCCACCGGCACGGGCAUCCUGGCCUCCUGACCCUUGACUUCCUGGCCGGCAUGCCCACAACCACCACGAUGAAGGACUCCUAUCCUCUUCCCGUGAAGACGGGGCUCCCUGUGCGAGGGAAACGAGAGGCCAUGAUGGAGCAUCUUCUGUACCAGAAACACAGCAGGAACCUCCUGGCGGGCGAGGCCUACCCUCCGUCUGAGCCCAUGGAGUCCCUCUCCAUCACCCACCGGGACUACAAGCAGGAAUUCUUCCAUUCUGUGCCCCCGCCCCCCAUCCAGCCCCACGACUACCGGCUGGAACAACCGCAGACAUUCUGGCUCGAACAUGCCCAGCAGGUGCCGGGCACCUCCAGCAUCCGGACUGGCGACACCCCCUUCAGGAAGUGCGCAACUUUCACAACCCCCGUCUCAGAAUGCCUCGACCAGCCAUUGCUGUAUGGUCCAGAAAACUGCCCCAAGCUUUGAACGCUUCCUUGCCACCAUCUGGGCCAGUGGGAAAGCCCCAAGCUUAUGCAGGCGGAGGGGGAUGGAGAGGCGCUUCCUCAAAGUGUUGAUUUCCCUGUUAAAUUCCUGUAAGAACUGAAGG